AUGGCCUUGCUGGCGAGGCACUUCGUGGCUGGCCUGUUUGAUUCGGUGUCCGGAUUUCAAAACCUGUUGACCCUGCGACGUCAGUCUGGCGAUGGUCAGAGGACGAAUGACGCGUUUCCAGAGCCCCCAUUGUCAGUGCUUGCUACGCGGCGCCUGUUGAACAGGUCGUUACAGGCACGAUCCUCAUACUCAUCGUCGUUAUCCUCGAGCACUCUUACGCCUACCCGGAGUUCGGCAGUGUCCGCUUCUGCCAGACUCGUCCAGUGCGUACUCCUGAACUUGUCCUGUAUCUUUGUACUGCAUUGGGUGAUGCUGCCACUGCUGGACUCGUCGUCGGCCGUUGCACGGCUAUGCAACACGUUUUGGAAGGUGCCGCCAUUUAUUAUCUUCCGAGUAGUGAACGCACUGUGGUUCCAGGACAUCGCCAACGCCGUCCUCCGCCACCGUCCCCCAAUCGCCGCUUCCUAUUCGGUGUCGUUCAGCGAGAAGAUCGCGGACUUUGUCACGUCAUUGAUGGUCGAGUUCACGUUCCUCCUGCAAACGUACCUCGUCGCCCUACUGCCCCUGCCAGGCCUCAGUGCCGCGCUGACCUUCGUGCAUAUGUGUUUGCUGUACUCGCUGUACGCCUUCGAGUACCUGUGGGUGAGCAACGGUGUACUGCUCAACGCUCGAUUAGUGUUCAUCCAAAACAGCUGGCCAUACUACGUCGGAUUCGGAUUCCUGCUCAGCCUGUUGACGUCGUUGUCGUCGUCGGUAUUUAACAGUAGCUGCGUAUUUAGCAUAUUCUUCCCCGUCUUUAUCCUGAGUAGCCUGCAGGCAAGGCCUCCAGCCACCAUUGCCAACGCCUACAUGCCGCUGAAUCUCUUCGCGCCAUCUGUUGUGCUGUGCAAACUUUUCCUGCAUAUAUUCUUGUUGAAAUGGCGAAGGUCAGCCAUCUUCCAAAGAACUUUUCGACACUUGUGA